UAGGACACAUUCGCUAUUCUUCUUGCGGCAUAUCACCCUGGACUCAAGUUGCUAGGGAUCAGCACAGUUCAUGGCAAUGCAUCUCUAGACAAGACCACCAACAAUGCCCUAUCCGUGCUCGCCGCCAUCGGCAAGCACGAGGACAUCGCUGUCUACCCCGGCGCGACCUGCGCUCUCAAAAGACCGCCAAUGCACGCUCCCACAGACAUCCACGGCGAGUCCGGACUCGACGGCACGGAUCUGCUGCCGAAGCCGCAGUCGUCCGCCGACCGGUCCAUCUCCGCCGUCGAGGCCAUGGCCAAGGCGUUGAGAGCCACCGAGCCCGGGACUGCGUUUCUGGUCGCCACGGGUGCACUGACCAAUGUCGCUGCUCUGUUCAGCAAGUACCCGGAGUUGGCAGAGCACAUCCACGGUUUUAGCGUCAUGGGUGGUUCCAUCGGUGGCGGUUUCACGGCUGCUGUCAUGGGUAAGGUCGAUAGUGUGGAGCGGAUUGGGAACUACACACCCUGGGCCGAGUUCAACAUCGUUAUCGACCCUGAGGCGGCGGCUUCCUUAUUUGAAAACCCUGUUCUGGCUGCUAAGACGACGCUGAUUCCGCUUGACUUGACGCACCUGGUGCUCGCGACUGCUGAGGUCCAGCAUGCGCUGCUUCAUGGCAAUGAUAGCGAGGCUGGGGGCAGGGGUAAGACUGAUCUGCGGGUUAUGCUGGUGGAAUUGUUGAAUUUCUUUGCUACUACGUACCGGGAAACUUUCGGCAUUGUUGAGGGACCUCCUCUACACGACCCGUUAGCCGUGGCUGUGGCUUUCAUCGGCACUGAGCAUGAGAUUCCCUUCUAUGACUUCGACCCCAGGGCGACGGAGGGCGAGAAGCGCCAGGAGCGCUUCCAGGUCACGGUGGUCACUGAGGGCGAGCAGACGGGAAGGACGAUUGCCAAGCUUCUGGAGCCUGGGGUGGCUGGGAUGCGCAUACCGAGGGGUUUGGACAUGGAGCACUUCUGGAGGGUCAUCGAGGAGUGUUGUCAGCGGGCUGAUAAGGCGAACUCAAAGGUCUUGGGCAAAUGAGCAAGGAGAAAAUUGGCGAGCUGUUGGUUAAUGAUAGAAAGGGGGCAUAGAAUGGUAUAGACCUAGUGUGCAAUGCGAUUAUCUUAGUCAGGUUUGGCCUUGUUGCAUGAUCAUACAUAGAUUAUUACCAAUAAGUACCGUCGUAAAGGAAAGUAAGACGCCAUGGUGGCAUUGCUCAUC